CGCACGGCGGCCAUGAUGGAGGGAAAGCGUUCUGUUACCAUGGAAACCGGGCCCGAUUGAUUGAUUAGUAGUGAAUGAAGUGACAGCUCCUCGCGGCCACAUAUAAGUUAAGAUGGCACAACAUGGCAUAUUGGAUGAGACCAUGUGUAAAAAUCCCAUGUGUCAGCACCCUCAGUGUUGGGUGACCUUCAGCAGGCUUGAGCGAGGAUCUCCCCGAUACCGAUCUGUGGGGGAAACAUCAGCGGCUACGUUGGGGGAGGAAGAAAGACUUCCAGUUCUGACAGUUUGCACCCUAUCAAAUCUCCUGCACCCCAAUAUUGGACACGAUACUAACUAUUUGAAUAAGACAUCUUCUAUAAGCUUGGACAAGGUGCAGACCGCAGGAUCUAACAUGUACAAUGAAAUGAAAACACACACCCCUUCCAGCAAGAGGCUGCCGAAAGUUGGGGUAGUGGAUGUGAGUGUGGGUUCGGCACUAUCACAAAACAUGGAAGAAAGGCAGGCGUCUGUAGUCUGGGUACCAAACUCCCAGCAGAAGUGUCCGAAGCCGCAACAGAAACAAGAAUUCAGGGGAGACGAACCUUUGAAAAUCGGGAUUAAAGACUUCGUUCUGGAGAACGUGGCACGUGGAAGUACAAGCAGUAAAGACCAGAAUCCGGCAGGUCAGAAAUGCAGAAAAGACAAAAAACGCCACACCGGUGGUUGCCCCCCAAAUUUCCCUCUCUCUGGCAACCCGCAGCCAGUGAAAGGACAUCUGCUGAACAGGAUCUCCGUAAGCUGUGUGAAGGAGAAAGAGCAACGAUCAGAAAACAAAUGGGUAAUUUGUGGGCAAAACCCAAACAUACGCUAUCCUCCGCACGCUGCUUCCAAUUCCCCAAUACCAGAACACAGGAGACUAGUGUUGCAUGGCACCAAUCAGAGUACCUCUUCAGACAAUGCUGGGCCUGUGUACAAGAUGGAUGACACAUAUCAGGGAGCCCUUGGUGAAAAGGAAGUAGAUUUGGAAAGUAUUCGGAACCAAUAUUACCUGUGGAAAAAGUAUGUCUGCUUGGCCAACCCCAGCGGCAGAAUUAGCACCUCAGCUUUAGAUCACCAGCCAAAUAAAGGCCAACGGAUGUCGACAGACAGAGGAGUGAGGGCCCUGAAAGUUAUUGGGGAUAUCGGGCUAUUCCCCUGGGAGCCCAGCUCAGCACUCAGUCAUCACGAGCAGCAUGCACCUGAAGGCUCUGCGAGAAGUAACACAGCCCUGUCCCGCGAUGGGUCCAAUAUCAGCUUUAUUCAGUCCUCCUGGUCAGACCUAGAAUCCCAAGCGGAAGAAGCAGUAUCCCCCGAGCCGCCAUGUGACGAGGUUGUUGCUGAGGCACCACAAGCACUAGACCAGGACUUGGCUGCUGCACAGGACACAGCAGGACACCCACUGACCGACCCACCAAAAUCCACGAGUCAAAGGAAACCACAGAUCUUACAAGUCAUAAUGUGGACCCUAAACCCCCAGAGAUCAGAUCUCCAUCUCCACAGCCCAACCCACCACCUCCAUCCCCAACACACACUGCAUAUCCUAGUCACAAAUAAUGAGAAAAACGCAAUCGCAAAUACAAAACCUCUUUAAAGGGGAAGAAUCAUUACUCUU